UUAUCCCUUGCAGUUGGCUGCCCCACGAAAGUUAAGCCGGAAGGGAAUCAAGAAGCCAGAAUCUGCCCUCGGUGCCACAAUGCUGCAAUGUUCUCCGCAAAGUCUAGGACCUGGUUCGAAUUCUGCUUCGUUCCACUUAUUCCUAUGAACUCGAAGCACGUAUGGAUGUGCGGGAUAUGUCAGCUGCAGGCGAAUGUGCAACCUGGGUGGGAACCUCAAAUAGCUCAACCUGGGUACCAGCACCCGCAGGUGCAAGGCCAGUAUGGGUCGCCUCAGAACGCUGGUUACGGGUACCAGCCCGCCUACAUCCAACCUCAGAAGUGA